AUGACGUCUAAUGUACGACGCUCACGACGCUCCAUAUUACGAAAGGCGAUCCUAGAACCGUACACUUACCUCUUGGAAGUACCGGGGAAAGAUAUUCGAACCACGCUGAUAUCGGCCUUCAACAGCUGGCUUAACGUCCCAAGGAGAGAGUGCUGUCUGAUUUCCAGUGUGGUCAACAUGCUUCACAAUGCUAGUCUCAUGAUUGACGACAUCGAGGAUAAUUCCGAUUUGCGCAGAGGACGGCCAGCCGCACAUAUUAUCUACGGAAUACCCAAAACUAUCAAUGCGGCAAACCAUGUUUAUUUCCUCGCAUAUCAGGAACUGCUUCGAUUGUUCGAGCUCUCCAGCACGGCGAACAUGGAGCGCAUGAACGGCACUUCUCAUCAGUCUACUGCACUCCCGGAUAGUCAACAGCGACUAUACUCUGUGGCGCAUCUACAUAGUAUCGUGACAGCUGAGCUGCUCAACCUUCAUCGUGGUCAGGGCCUCGAAAUCAUAUGGCGGGACUCCCUUCAAUGCCCGACAGAAGCGGAGUAUCUUGGUAUGGUUGGCAACAAGACCGGCGGUCUGUUCAGACUGGCGAUCAAGCUUUUAAUGGCGUGUUCCACCACCAAUACAAACGUGGAUUAUAUUCCUCUGGUCAAUCUGCUAGGAAAUUACUUUCAGGUUCGAGACGAUUACAUGAACCUAGACAGCCCCAAGUACGCCGAGGGAAAGGGCUUUGCUGAGGAUUUCACGGAAGGCAAAUUCUCAUUUCCCAUCAUUCAUGGAAUUCGUGCAGAUCAGUCGGACAGAACAAUAAUCGACAUCCUCGAGAAACGGCCCACAUCCCCGACAUACAAAGUGCACGCAAUUACCUACCUUAAAUCGACAACGAAGUCGUUCGAGUACACACACGGGGUGUUGCAGAAGUUGGAAAAACAGAUCAUGACCGAAAUAGGACUGCUCGGAGGAAACGAGCACUUAAGCGUCCUGCUAAAUUGUCUUCGAGUUCCUACCCUGUUGAACGAAUGA